CAAUAGCGGGCAAAAAUGAUCCCAACAUUUUUAACUGUUUAAAAAAGUUUAUAGCCCAGUUGGCAUUUUCUUAAGAGAAGGCGUGGAAAAUAUUGUUGUGUUAUCACUAUGAAUGGAUUAGCAUUGAGGAUAAGCAGCGCUGGGCGCAGGAAAUCGAAGAACUCGUAUGUUUUCGCACCCGUGGACAUUUCGAAGUUUAUUGCCGAAAGUUUAGUUACAAAAAGUUCUCAUGUUGAGAUCUUUACGCAUUCAUCGAAUGCAGACGAACAGCUGACUAUUUUGAAAAAUAUUGUAAAUGAAAUAGCAACAGAGCAACUGUGUGACCAUGAAGACAAUACACAAGCACUGAUACAAUUCCUAGCUAUAGUAUUUUUCCAUACUGAAGCUAAACAUCCUGUAAAAUAUUUUAUAACCAGACAAAUUACAAAAAACCUGAACCUUCAGCAAGCAUUCUCUGACAGCCUGGCAGAUCAGAUUAACAAUGUAAUAUCAGUCCAAACUUGUUUGUACAAAGACUACAUUAAUGUAGUGUCCAAGUUGAUUUUGUGUAUUGAGAACUUUCCGGCAGGCUCUGCCGCCUUGAAGAAUAUUGAAUUGACAUUAGCUGAAUAUUUGGAUUGUUGUCUUCGAUGUUGUGUUGAUGUUUUAACGAACACCAAUACAUUAGCACCUACAGAAAAGAAUGAAAUCUUCAACCUAUCCCACUCAGCUCUAAGACUACUCCUCUUCAUAGUCCAGAAGCUCUCCAGUGACAAAGUAAAACACUUGAACCUUAUCUUCAACUCAAUAAGGCAAUCUAUUCAAAAUCUACUAUUUGACGAAGAUGUACCUAUGGAUACUAAGUCUGUGUGUGGGAUUUUGUAUCUGAAUAUGCACAUGUUAGAGAAUGGACCACAAUCGUGGAUUGAUAUUUUGCAGCCCUACAAAGGAGACGAUGCAAUGCGCUCUCUCCUCUCGAAUGAAGCUUCGCAACUGGCGCUGUACUCGGCCAUAGUGACUGUAGUAGCAAUGGACAGCAUGCAACACCACGUUAUCGACGGGAGACCGGCCAUCAGUGUGGUCAAUGACAAGAUCUUGGCUAUUGGGGAGAGAAGCACAUCCGACUCGGUAUUCAUCCUGGGGGUAACAAGGACAGUUCUCCAAAUAAGUAAAGGUCUGGACAGAGUGACCGACAGCUCGCUAGGACAGGCGGUCGUCGCCAAUCUCCUAGGGUUCGUGUGGUCUCAUCUGGAGCAUUAUAUGGACAGCGUCAGGCACUUGACUGCGCAAGUCCUGAGCAAUAUUGUCAAGUACUGCUCCAAGUUAGAUAGGACAGGUGACGCCAAGGCUCUAUCCAACCUAUUCGCCGCUCUAACAAGCAUAGACAAAACUCGCAAGAGCUACUAUGUGAGCGUGACGUCCUUGAUCGUGGAGCUCGGAGCCUGCAAGGUGCUGCAUCGGCUACCGACGUUGAUACCUGCUGUCAUUGCCGCGCUGAGCGUGCAGGCGGUACAGGCUAGUGCUACUGUGACACUAGAGACACUGCUACAAAAGCACACACAGGAAUGUAAAACGUCCGUCAUAUACGAACAAUGGAUCGAGCCCAUACUUAGUUACGUAACCACCAACACUUUAGAUUCCGCCGUGCUUAAUAUAUUGGAGAACCUCCUCGCAAGAGCUGUGAAGAUGGAUGAGAAUAUCAUGGAUUAUAUUCUCCCCCACAUAAGACAAUCGACGACCGAUUUGAAAUGCGUUUUGAUGUUGCUGAGUGUGGCGCGGAAGUCAGGAGUGAGCAAGUUGGUGACAGAAGACGGUGACGAGUGGAAAGGUAUCAUUGGGUAUCAUGUGCUGGAUGCCGCUGCUGUGGAUGCUGUGGAGGAGACGCGAAUCCUAUCUUUAUCGCUGAUAGUGGAGAGCCCAAAGACCACAGAGGUGUUCAGUCGCGGCGAGUUGAGGUUCGUGCUGCGCUUCCUCAAGUACAACAUCAACGCACAGUCGCCCAACUUCAGGCAGCUCGUACUGUCUAUGAUGAAGAAGUUCACAAAACGCCUAGAAGACAGCUACAAAGUGCUUAGAAGGCACAAGGAUACAGAAGACUACUACGUCCGAUUCCUGGAAGAGUUGAGGAGUCAAUGCUUUGACAGUUUGAUUCCUGGAGCCAACUAUAGUAGGAGGGUUGUGGCUCUCCAGGUGUUGGUGUGGUGCGAGCUGAUGGGGCUGGAAGGGUAUGACAGAAUUUGGAAGGAAAGCUAUGUGGAAAAACUUUUACAACAUCUGGAGGACAGCUACGAGAACAACAAAGCCUUCGCCCUGGAGAUACUCAAUAAAUGUCCCGCUGAAUUGCUUGAGAGGAAAAAGUACUCAAUAAGUUUGGAAAUUGAGGACAUAUUACGUCAAGCAUCGUCAUUGAAACCGACUGACUGCAUAUCAGCUGCCUAUAAGCUUGAUCUACUCAGGACCAAACUGCCUGGCAAAAUAUUGCAAGGAGAGUCUUGUACCGUAUCGGAGCCAGUAUCAUACACCCUGCUACAUCGCCUCCACGCCAGCCUGUGUGAUCAGGUGCGCACGAGUGAGCGCAGUAUAGUGGACGCGGCGGUGCACGCGCCCAUGUAUGGGCUGCUGCACUGCAUGGUGCAUCUAAUCGCAAGCCUCAAUUGCAGGGUAAUAUCCGGCGACGAGCAUUGGAGCGAGUUAAUUUCGUCCAUGAUAUCGACGAGCAUGCGCGUGAACGCGGCCGUGGCGAGUGUGGUCAACAACUCCUCGCCUGAAGGUCACCUGCCCAUGGACAUGGGCGGGUUCGAGGUCACCGAUACAGGCAACUCGGGCGGUGUGAGGUUAGAAGACGGCCGGCAAGUGACAGCCCAGAUGGUGUUGCUGUGUGCAUGGAGGUCUGUUAAAGAGGUAUCCCUCCUCCUCGGCGAGAUAUCCUCCCGCUUGAGCAUCUCGGUAGAGAGUUCGUCACACACCCUCACUGCGGACCAGAUGAUGCUCAUAGGAGAACACUUCACGAGACUGCUGGCAGAGACCAAGCAUCGCGGCGCAUUCGAGCAGGCUUAUGUCGGGUUUACUAAGCUUCUGGCCAGACUCUGGCGAUGUCGCACCAGCACUCUUCACGAGUUACCUCGUCUCUGGCUGGAAGAUCUGAUGGAAGCCAUCGCGUCCGGGGACAAGAAGGGAACACUGUGUGCUACUAGACGGAGCGCUGGACUGCCGUUUAUGAUCCAGGCCCUAGUAACAACAGAGCUCCAAGUCCAAGGCAACCCGAAGUGCUUCCAGCGCUGUAUGACGUCACUCCUCCAGCUCGCCCGCUCCUCCCCCGAGGUUGACGUCCGUGCACACAGCAUCAAUAUACUACGCGCGCUGUUUCGUAAUUCUGCGCUAGAUGAUUCCGUGGCGGGUUAUGUGGGGGAUGCUGCACUAUGUGCGUUGAGGGGCUUUGAGGGAGAUACUUGGAUGGAAAGGAACUCUUCAACGCUGCUGUUCAGCGCAUUAAUGGUACGAGUGUUCGGCGUACAGCGGUCACGAGACUGCGAGAACCUGUGCGUGCGCAACAAGAUGACUGGAAGGAUUUUCUUCCUUCGGUAUCCGCAGCUCUAUGACUUUAUGUUGGACAAACUGAAAGAAGUGAGCAGUAGUGAGGACAACCAAGUGUUGCGGCCGUCGCUGUACCCCAUACUGCUGCUGUUGGCUAGACUGUACCCGUCCUCUUUGGAAGGAACCGUCUCCAAUUUGAAGUUGGUAGCAUUCGUCCCCCAUGUGUUAGCAUGUGCCAAAAGCGGAGUGUUGAAGACCAGACAACUGGCUGCUAAAGCAAUGGUGGCUCUUAUAUCUCCUGAACAGUAUAUUUGUCAUUUGGAGGCGAUGUUUUCUUUGCUAUGUGACGAGAAAAUCAAAAGAAAUUACUGUCACGGCAUUCUCUUACAGCUUGUAAGAUUGCUAGACGCCAAGCCGGAUUCCCUCAAAAUCGAUGAAAAAGCAACAGAAAGUCUUUCCAACUACAUAAAGAACACAUAUUGGAUCUUGGAGCAAGCCACUGGAAAUAUGCCCUGUUAUUUGCUCGCCGAUGAAUAUGUGAAGGUGGUCAAUUUGUUGCUGUGGAGGUUUCCCUCACUAAUAAAAGAAGAUAUGACCAUUACAAUCCAAAAAUACUUGGAAACACUAGUAUUCAACGUCAAAGAUGUGCCUUUCAUCACAUCUGGAAGAGACAUCUGUCUUUCCAAUGCACUAUACUUGUAUAUAAUUAUUUUAACCAAGUAUAAUCAACUACAAAACAUAUGCGGAAUGGUCUUAAAAGGAUUACUACAUACAUCAUAUGAAGUAACAAUAACAACAUUGAAUUACCUUUUAAUUUUACAUGAAAACUUCGAAACAGACAACAGAAUUGAAGAACAUUUGACCAUAGUUUCAAAUAAAGAUACAAUCAACGCUUUAAUAGAAGAUACGAAUUAUGUACCAACAUUAUGCCACGUUUUAAAGAAUGUAAACUAUUUAGAAUGCACACAGAAAACUUUGAAAGUACUUACUUUGGAAAGAGAUACCGAACGAUUCAUUGUUGAAACUAAAUUUGAACAUGCUGAAAUAACAGAUGAAAACAUAAUUAAAACAUUAUUCGAUUGCAUAAGUACUGAACAUGAAAACCUAACACAUAUAUACUUUGACAGUCUUUCAAACUUCGUAAGGAAAAGACUGAAAGAAUCGACAAUAACGCCAAGUCUUAUGCUAGAUGUUAUACUAGUGAUAUUGGCAUGCAGUUCGUCUGAUAAUGGGGAUAGUACUAGGAGUGUGGUUGUCAGCUUUCUCGAGAAUAAUAUUGAGGAGUUGUUUCAACUGAAUCUCGAUGGAUUGAGUAAGGAACAGAAAUUUGAAUACAAAGCCACUAUCUACGCAACAAUAGUGAUAGUCUUAGAAGAUGAUGACGACACUCUACGUCAGAGAACUUCCAACUUUAUUUCCCAACUCCAAAACAUCCCCAUUCCAGCCACUCCUAACAAUACCUCUAAUUCCACCAUGACGCAAGCAACCUUUACAAAUUCUUCUAGUGGUAAGGUAACCUCUAUCCCCAAAGUGACCUCCAGCCGUGCGGCAGAAGUGCUUAGAGGAGUUGUUAUGAAUGAUACGGACAAUAUAGCCUUGUUUGUGAUUCUGGCGUUGUUGGACUUCAAGUCUGAAGUGUGCAUGAAUGAUGAAGUUAAUGAUGAGUGCCGAGUGUUUGACCAAAACGAGAGAUACAACAUCUACUUAGAAGAAACCGUAUGGACUAGCGAAUGUAUCGACAAGUUAGUACAGAUUUGUCAUAAUACCCAUACAAAUGUCUUCGAUUCCGUACAAAAUGUCAUUAAGGAUGGUGUUUAUAGGAGCACUAUUGAAAAACUGUGCAAUAAUAACGUAGGUUUGUUUGUGAAUAUGUCGAAUGAUGUGUCUAGUUAUGUAAAUAAUGCUGCCAAUCCGAAAGUGAAACUCUUUGUAGAUAGAUUAAGUAAUAUAUGAAUCUUUUUGUAGUAAUAUUUGUUAUCUCAAUAUUUAAUAGCUGCGCUCUUGCCGGUGGAGCAAUCUCCAUAUUCAUUACUCCAUAAACAUCAGGGCGUGUAGUACGGUUGCCCCAAUCGCCUUCCGUAAUAUAUGGUAUAAUACAUAAAAUCUCGUAACCCCUAUUGGGGUAAAAAGAGUCUUAAAGAGUUAGGAAAUAACUUGCAAUGUGUCUUGGUGUCUUAAAGACACACAAUAGUGAUGAUGAUCAGAUGAAAUUAUCGAUGGAUUCAAUAAAUUUUGUCGAGCUCGAUAAGUUUCUUUUUUCUUCCCUAACAUGCGUGACACGUGAUUUUGUUCGUAUUUUGACAGAACGCCUUGACUUAAUUGGGUUACAUAUAAGCACCAAUCGAUAAAACGACAUAAUUAUAUCGUCAGAAUCGGUAAAAUGACCGUGACAAUUUUUUAUCACGUUGUGCAUGUUAGCC